AUGGCCAUCGACACUGCGCUUGACGUGAUCCGUCGGGCUAAAGACAAUGGACUACUGGUAAUUGCAUUCUCCUUGGACAUCAAAGCGGCUUUCGAUAACGCCUGGUGGCCGGCACUGUUCCACGGGCUGAGAACAAUUAAUUGUCCACGCAACAUCUAUGGACUCAUACGUAGUUACGUUCGGAAUCGCAUGGUGACUCUUGAUCACGCCGGGGUCAGAGUCACCAUAAUGAUGACCAAAGGAUGCAUCCAGGGCUCUGCUUGCGGCCCAGUAUUGUGGAACAUCAUUCUCGAUGUACUGCUUGGUGCGGAACUUUCGGCAGGUUGCCAUAUUCAGGCAUACGCAGAUGAUGUAUUUUUAGUUGUCGCGGCCAAAGAUAUCCACCGGCUGGAGAGUACAGCUAACGCUGCGCUCUCGCGUAUUACUGACUGGGGGUCAAGUGUCAAAUUGGUGUUUGGUCCCUCUAAAACACAAAUGAUCGCAUUUACACCUGGUGCAAAGGCUGCAAAUAUCAUUAUGGAUGGACACACUUUAAAAUUUUCCCCUGAUAUCAAAUUGUUGGGUGUCAUUCUGGAUGAAAAAUUGCUAUUCAAUAAGCACAUCCAGUAUGUCAUCAGCAAGGCGAUUAAAAUCUUCAACAAACUUUGCUUAUACACCAGACCUACCUGGGGUGCACACCCGGAGAACAUACGCGCCAUAUACCAGCAGGUAAUCGUAACUAUUGUUACAUAUGCCGCUGGUAUAUGGGGACAUGUAGUUUCAAAGAGAGGGGUCAGAAAGCGGCUGGAGAUAAUGCAGCGAGGAUUUGCCAUCAAGGCGAUUAAGGCAUUCCGUACGGUCUCUACGGCGACUGCUCUGGCCCUAGCAAAAUUCAUACCGAUCGAUCUAAAAAUCAAGGAGGUUUAUGCGGUGGAAAGGACUAGAUUGUCCUGCACAUCAGACUUUCUACCGCAUGACAUAACUUUCGAAAAACCUACUGCACCACAUAAACUCCUGCACCCCAGUGAGAGGAUCACUAUUCAUUAUGACACCGUACACAGCCAGCAAGAGGUGGACACCAUCAUCAGUCCUGACUCGGUCUGUAUUUACACAGACGGCAGUAAGCAAGGGGACGGGGCGGUUGGGGCUGCCUUCGUUUGCUACGUGCCGGCGGUCAAUUCACCCAUCACUAUUGUUAAAAAAUUUAACUGCACGACUCAUGCUCGGUAUUCCAGGCUGAGCUGCUUGCUAUUUAUAAGGCUUGCAACUGGACACUCAACAAUAAUAACAAGGAAACUGUCAUAUUCUCUGAUUCACUUUCUUCUAUCAAAGCCCUACAAAAUAGAAGCAAUACACACCCUAUUGUUGUAG